AUGGCGUCACGCCCACGUGCAUCCUCCCAGCCUGGGAUGCUUUCCUUCCUCCAGACCUCUAAAGCGAGCAGCGCCUUACGCCCGAGGGCCGUGUCAUCGCGCUCUAGCUCUGUGCUGGAGGAAGAAUUAUCGUGCCCGGUGUGCUGCGAGAUCUUCAAGGAGCCCGUGGUGCUCAAGUGCAGCCACAGCUUUUGUCGGGCCUGCCUGCAGCAGUUCUGGAACAAGAAGAAGGCCCGCCGCGAGUGCCCCAUCUGCCGCAGGAAGUGCUCCCUGACCGAGCCCACGGUCAGCCUGGCCCUCAAGAAUGUGGCCGACACAUUCCUGCGGGAGGGGCGGCGCCAGGCGGAUAACGAGGAGACCCCCGGGGGGGACAGGGUGGAGGCACGGGAGGAACUGAGCUGUGUCGCCCACGGGGAAGAGCUCAAGCUCUUCUGCCUGGAUGACUUGGAGGUCCUCUGCUGUGUGUGCCACACCUCCAAGAAGCAUCAGGGUCACAAAGUCUGCCCACUAGAAGAAGGGGCGCACGAUCUCAAGGAGGGGCUGAAGAAAGAUCUGAUCCCCCUUAAGAAGAACCUGCGGCGCCUGUAUGAGGCUAAGCAAGAGUGUGAUGACACAACUGUGCAUAUCAAGAAUCAAACCCAGGCCACGGAGCAGCAGGUCAAAGAGGAGUUUGAGCAGCUGCGUGACUUCCUGCAAAAGGAGGAAACGGCCCGGUUGGCUGCUGUCCAGCGAGAGGCGGAGGAGAAGCACGAGCUGGUGAGGAAGAAGGCCGAGAGCAUCACAAGGGACAUCCUGACCUUCUCGCACACAGUCAUCGCCGUCGAGAAUGAGAUUGCGGGCGGCGAUGCGCUCUUUCUGCAGAAUUAUCCCAACACGAAGAAAAGAGCUGAGAUUCCGCAGAAGGAUCCGGAAAAAGUGUCUGGAGCGCUAAUAAAUGUGGCCAAGCAUGUCAGUUCCCUCAAGUAUCACGUUUGGGAGAAGAUGGUGGAGGUGGUUCAGUACACACCCAUCACGCUGGAUCCUAACACAGCAUACCCCUGGUUGUCCAUCUCCAAAGACCUGACCUGCGUGGCCAACAGUGGCUCGCUCCAGCAGCUCCCGGACAACCCCGAACGUUUCGGCCAUUUUGUCUUCGCAUUGGGCUCCGAAGGCUUCACGUCGGGUCGUCACGCGUGGGAGGUGGAGGUGGGUGACAAGGACGACUGGAUGCUCGGGGUGGUCCGCGAGUCCAUCGACCGCAAAGGCCGCAUCUCGGGUUGCCCCGAAGGCGGCUUCUGGAUGAUCUCGCACUACGAGGGCGAGUACUCUGCCAUGACCAGGCCCGGUACGUCCUUGCACGUGGAAGGCGAACUGAGCAGAGUCCGAGUGCAGCUGGACUACGACGCGGGUGAAGUGAUAUUCUCCGAUCCGGUGGGCAUGACGCCUAUCUACACCUUCAGCGACUCCUUCGACGACAAGAUGUUUCCCUUUUUCUGCCCUGGAGCUAACAUUAACGGGAAUAAUCCCAACCCUCUCAAGAUCUGCCCAGCGACAGUGGCCGUGUGGAAUAGCGCUACGUGGUAA